CAAGCGGCCAGCACAGCAACGCUGUGGCCGACGCAAUGGAUGCGUCUAAGCAACGAUCGAAAAAGCAAUCCAAGCACGAUGAACGUGCUCAUGCUCAAUCUCAUGUCAAGACUGACACCAAACGCCAUCGUACCAACCACCCUGACAGUUCGCUGAAAGUGCUUCUGACGCUGUCUCGCCACGGCAGUCGCCGUCCCAACGCCAUCUCGAGCACGCUCUGCCCCAACAACGUUGCGAACGCCGAGUCGUACCACGUGCCGCCCGAGCAAUUGACCGAGGUCGGUAUGGAGCAGAUGCGUCUGGCCGGCGAAGAGAUUCGACGCGAAUACAUCGAGAACCAGGGGUUUCUCUCCAACUCGAUCGGUGGCCCUGACAACAAACACUUUGAAACGUACUUUCGAUCGGACGCAGCGGAUCGAUGUGCCCAGAGCGCGAUCGCGCUCGGCUACGGCCUGUAUCCAGACUCGACGGCGCCGAACCAGUACUUCCACCAGCCGAUCUCGGUGUACAUGAACCAGCUGCGAAACGAACACGACUUUGCCGCGCCCAAGGGUCCGUGCAAGGCUGUGGCCAAGGCCGACAUCAACACGUACUUUCAAACCCGCGGGCUGGAGACCAUCGCCCAGCACAAGCCGCUGCUGGAGAAGGUCGGGCAGGCCUGCGGCAUCAACGUGUGGAACAUCCCGAACCUUCCUGACGGCGAAGACCUCGUGACCGGCAUCAAGGACAUCGCGGACACGUUCACGUUUGACACGCAACAGGGAUUGCGCCGCCUCAAGGGAGUCACGCCGGAGCUGCAGACGGAGAUCGAAGGCCUGGCGUUCCAGCACCUGAUGGAGCGGUACUACUCGACGGACCGCGAGGUCACGUACUGGGUGGGUGGGUUCCCGACCUUGAUGCUCAAGAAUCUCCAGGUCCCGCCACCGGAGAAGGCCGAGAACGCGUUCAAGUACUACUCGUACCAUGGCCACCGUGAGCUCGUUCAUGGGUUGGGGAUAUUGUUGGGGUGGGCGUUUGACUUUCCCGGCCAGCCGCGCGCCCUCGACACGUCUGCGCUGGAUCCGGCCACGACCAUGUUCUUUGAGCUGCACCAGGUCAACACGUCCGAGUUCAUUCGAACGUUUGUGUGGUCGCCACGCACCCGCCGCACCCAGGUGAAGUUGGCCAAGUGCUCGACGCUCGACUGUCCGUUGGCCGAAUUCGCCAGCAUUAUUUACAACCACACGAAUGUGACAGGGACGUGGGAGCAGAUAUGCAACUACCACCCGGCAACGUUUGCCCCGGUCGUUGCAACCACGCCCAAGCCAGUGGAGACGGUGAAACCAAGCGAGCUAUCGACAACCACGCCAAAACCAGUUGUGACUGAAUCGGAACAACACGAGGCAUCUCCUCCUCCAGUGGAGAUGACUGAGGAAGCACGAGCAACUACUCGUCCAGAUCAAACCUUGACGACCCAGCCUUCGUCGACUCUGUUUGAGCCAGUUGAGCCGGUUCAGCCGAAUCAACCGCCCGAGGUAGUGCAGGCUGAGCCGACGGUAUCUCUGCCGUCUACUGUUGUGGUUAAACUGGACACCGCCCAACCUGCGCUUCGGUUGAACUUCGCGGACAGCGUCGACCCACUUCCCAUGACGACCUUUGAAUGUCUGGGGUGGGUCGCCUAUCUAGCAGUCGCUGCAGUGCUCGUAUACUUUGCAGCAAAGCGACGACCGCAGUCGGGUUACCGCCGAAUAGAUUAAGCUGUAAUGGCUCUUGCGGUCCUGGUGUUUACAAACUCUCGACAUCCCUAGCACAAGCUGACGCCCAACACAACGAAAUGUCGAGGAUGCGACGAAGGCCGUUGCAUGUACGCAAUGCAGACCAUGCGGUGUACUUGAAAUAAAAGCACUAAGUCAAUUGUCGGUACCCUGA